AGCUUGAUGCCACGGCGACAGUGUUGGCAAAUCGACAAGAUGAAAGUGAACAAUCAAGAAAGAAGCUCAUUGAACAAAGCCGCGAGUUCAAGAAAAACACUCCAGAGGACCUGCGGAAACAGGUAGCUCCACUAUUGAAAAGUUUCCAGGGAGAGAUUGAUGCGUUGGGUAAAAGAAGUAAAGAAGCAGAGGCAGCAUUCCUGAAUGUCUACAAGAGAUUAAUCGAUGUUCCAGAUCCCGUUCCAGCUCUAGAUCUGGGGCAGCAGCUCCAGCUGAAAGUCCAGCGCAUGCAUGAUAUUGAAACAGAGAACCAGAAACUUAGGGAAACCCUCGAGGAAUACAACAAAGAAUUUGCAGAAGUGAAAAAUCAAGAGGUGACAAUAAAAGCACUUAAAGAGAAAAUCCGGGAAUAUGAGCAGACCCUGAAGAACCAGGCUGAGAACAUAGCUCUCGAAAAGGAACAGAAGUUGCAAAAUGACUUUGCAGAGAAAGAAAGAAUGCUGCAAGAGACGCAGAUGUCGACAGCCUCAAAGCUGGAGGAGGCCGAACACAAAGUGCAAACUCUACAAACAGCCUUGGAGAAGACGCGGACGGAGUUGUUUGACCUGAAGACAAAAUACGACGAGGAGACCACUGCAAAGGCUGACGAAAUUGAGAUGAUCAUGACGGACCUUGAAAGAGCAAAUCAGAGGGCAGAGGUAGCUCAGAGAGAGGCCGAAUCCUUGCGGGAGCAGCUCUCCUCCGCGAACAAAUCGCUCCAGCUGGCAACCCAGAUCCAGAAGGCACCGGAUGUGGAGCAGGCCAUUGAGGUGCUGACGCGAUCCAGCCUGGAGGUUGAGCUGGCCACGAAAGAACGCGAAAUUGCUCAGCUCGUCGAAGAUGUGCAGAGACUGCAAGGCAGCCUCACCAAGCUCCGGGAAAACUCCACCAGCCAGAUAUCCCAGCUGGAGCAACAGCUGACUGUGAAGAACAGCACGCUCAAACAACUGGAAGAAAAACUGAAGGGGCAAGCGGAUUAUGAUGAGGUGAAGAAAGAAUUAAACAUCUUGAAGUCCAUGGAGUUUGCCUCGUCUGAUGGCUCCAGCGCCCAGGAUGCUGCGUCCAAACCACUGGAAGUCCUGCUUCUGGAGAAGAACCGCCUGCUACAGUCUGAGAACGCCACGCUACGGAUCACGAACAGUGACCUGAGUGGGUCAGCCAGGAGAAAAGGGAAAGACCAGCCUGAGAGUCAGCGUCCUGCAACUUUGCCAGCCUCCCCUCCUUCUCAGUUGCCCCGCAACACAGGGGAGCAGGCUUCCAAUACUAAUGGUACUCACCAGUUCUCACCAACGGGUUUAAGUCAAGACUUUUUCAGCUCGUCCUUGGCAAGCUCCGGCUUACCCCUGGCUUCUACAGGAAAAUUUGCACUAAACUCUCUCCUCCAGCGCCAGCUUAUGCAGUCCUUCUACUCCAAGGCAAUGCAGGAAGCAGGAAGCACAAGCAUGAUUUUUUCAGCAGGUCCCUACAGCACAAACUCCAUAUCUUCCCAAAGUCCUUUGCAACAAAGCCCGGACGUCAACGGCAUGGCCCCAUCACCCAGCCAAUCGGAAAGCACCGGCAGUGCCUCCGAAGGCGAGGAAAUCGACACAGCUGAAAUUGCACGUCAGGUCAAAGAGCAGUUGAUCAAGCACAAUAUUGGACAGCGGAUAUUUGGACAUUAUGUUUUGGGGCUCUCCCAAGGCUCCGUGAGCGAGAUCCUGGCUCGGCCGAAACCAUGGAAUAAGUUGACGGUGCGAGGCAAGGAGCCGUUUCAUAAGAUGAAGCAGUUCCUCUCGGACGAGCAGAACAUCUUGGCAUUGCGCAGCAUCCAGGGCAGGCAAAGAGAGAAUCCAGGCCAGAACCUGAGCAGGCUAUUUCAGGAAGUACCGAAACGAAGAAAUGGGUCGGAAGGUAACAUCACCACGAGAAUUCGAACCACAGAGGCAAGCUCCGAUGAUGCUAUCAAAUCCAUCCUAGAGCAAGCCAAAAGGGAGCUACAGGUGCAGAAAACAGCUGAGCCUGCUCAGCCCCCUUCUUCCUCCAGCAGCGGCAGUUCGGACGAUGCCAUUCGCUCCAUCCUGCAGCAAGCCCGGCGUGAAAUGGAAGCACAGCAAGCCGCCCUGGAACCGGCCUUAAAAGUAACCCCCCUGUCCCAAGCAGAGAUAUCCAUCUUGUCCCCGAAACUGAUCUCUGCAUCGGCCUCCAGCUAUUCUCCCCUGGCCAUGUCCUUGAAGAAGCAUUCGUCCUCGGUGGAUUCCGGCGUCUCCUCCCUGCCGAACCCCUCUGGAUUGAAGAAGGAGGCCCAAGAGGCCCCCAUUCUCGAUCUCCACGGUAUCUCCGACUCGACGCAAGGAGUGCUGAGGCACGUUAAAAACGAACUGGGGCGGAGCGGGGUGUGGAAAGACAACUGGUGGAACACUGUGCAGCCGGAGAGGAGAAACGCAGCUCCUCCCGAAGACCCCAAAGUCGAGGAGGUCCCCAGCGGGAAGGAGAAGGCCAGCAGCCAGUCUCGGUCGGAUCGUAGCCAGCAGCUCCAGGGGCCCUCCUCUUCAGACUACUGGAAGGAGUGGCCAAACGCGGAGUCCCCCUAUUCCCAGAGCUCUGAACUGAGUGUGACGGGGGCCAGUCGCAGCGAGACGCCUCAAAACAGCCCCCUCCCUUCCUCCCCCAUCGUCCCUCUGUCAAAGCCAUCUAAACCUUCCGUUCCUCCACUCACCCCUGAGCAGUAUGAGAUUUAUAUGUACCAGGAAGUGGAUACGAUAGAGCUAACCCGUCAGGUCAAAGAGAAGCUAGCAAAGAAUGGCAUCUGCCAAAGGAUAUUUGGGGAAAAGGUGCUGGGUCUCUCCCAGGGGAGCGUCAGCGACAUGCUGUCCCGGCCAAAGCCAUGGAGCAAGUUGACGCAGAAAGGCCGCGAGCCGUUCAUCCGCAUGCAGCUCUGGCUGAAUGGCGAGCUGGGGCAGGGAGUCCUGCCGUCCCAAGGGCAGCCUCAAGGCCAAGUCCUUCCCUCUGCGUCGUCGCUACAAGAUUCCCUCCAGCAGGGAUGUGCAAGCUCAGAAAGCACCCCAAAGACUUCGGCCAGUUGCAGCCCUGCUCCAGAAUCCCCUAUGAGUUCCAGUGAAUCUGUGAAAAGCCUGACGGAGCUGGUCCAGCAACCAUGUCCCCCCAUAGAGACGAAUAAGGAUGGCAAGCUGCAAGAGUCAAGUGAGCCGUCAGCUUCCGAUUCCCAAUCCACCACGCCAUUGCCCGUCUCCGGACAUUCAUCACUCAGCAUACAGGCACUGGUCGCCAUGUCACCAGAACUGGACACUUACGGCAUCACCAAGAGGGUUAAAGAGGUGCUCACGGACAACAAUCUCGCGUGGCUGACAAGCCUAAAACGCAGCAGAAGAGGCAAGAAAUGUACCCCAAACCUUGCAUUAGGUCAGCGUCUGUUUGGGGAGACAAUCCUGGGGCUCACGCAAGGCUCGGUCUCGGACCUGCUGGCUCGCCCCAAGCCCUGGCACAAGCUGAGCUUGAAAGGCAGGGAGCCCUUUGUCCGCAUGCAGGUGUGGUUGAAUGACCCCAACAACGUGGAGAAACUCAUGGACAUGAAGCGCAUGGAGAAGAAAGCAUACAUGAAACGACGGCACAGCUCAGUCAGUGACAGCCAGCCUUCCGAGUCUUCUUCAGCCGGAAUAGACUACAGCCAGGGGGCCAGCCCUCAACCACAGCAUCAGCUGAAGAAACCCCGCGUCGUGCUGGCCCCGGAAGAGAAGGAAGCUCUGAAGCGAGCCUAUCAGCAAAAGCCAUACCCAUCUCCAAAAACCAUUGAGGAACUCGCCACCCAGCUCAACUUGAAGACCAGCACCGUCAUUAAUUGGUUUCACAACUAUAGAUCUCGCAUUCGCCGAGAGCUGUUCAUUGAAGAGAUCCAAGCUGGAGGGCAGAGCCAGGCUGGGACAAGCGACUCUCCUUCUGCUCGGAGCAGCAGGGCAGUCCACAGCUCCGAAGGGGACAGUUGCGACGGCGUGGACGCCGAAGGCCCGCCUGAAGCCAAAUCGAGCAGCCUGGAAGCCGACGAUUACAGCAAUGCAACCACAAAGUCUCAGGGAGGGCGAGCAGCGUCAGCUUUCGAAGCAGGGGAAGAGGCACUGCGAGAUGCCGGAUCUUCAGAGAAAACGGAGACAUUCCAGUUGGAAAUGGAGAGCCUGGAAGACACGGAUGACGAGGGCAGGCCGAAAGCACCGCGUCGGAGUUCUCCAGCGGGCUCUCAGCAUUCCGGAGAAACUCCGGAGACGACGCCAAACUCUGCUCUGGAAGAGGACGCCUCUACCUCAGCUGCCUCCACCUUGGCCCUUACGGCCAAGCCGAAGGAGGAAGGCGUGGAGAAAAUCCCCAUUGUGCCAAGUACCAGUUCCACGCCCGCCGCCGGCACUCAGAAAGCCAACUCUCUCGAGAGCUUAUUCGGCUUUCCCGAGGCGGCGUGUGCCAGGAACGCACGGGACAACACCCUGAGGAAAAAGAAGGCAGCGAAUUUGAACAGCAUAAUCCACCGCUUGGAGAAGGCCGCAAGUCGAGAGGAGCCGGCCGAGUGGGAGUUUUGAGAUUACGCUCACCCAACUCUCAAGAGCUGGGGAAAGUGAAAACUUGGACCUCUGCUGGUUUUAAUUGUGUCCCGCACUUACCGCCCUGCAGGCCACCUGGCAAAAAAAAAAAAAAAAAA